AUCGCAGUAAAGAGCCAAUGACAUAGGCUCUAUCAUGUGAUCAGCUGUGUCCAAUUACAGCUGAUCGCAUAGGGGAUAUGUACACUGAUCAUCAGGGCACUGAUAACCAGUUCCCCGAUGAUCAGUGUAGCCCCAUUAGUGCCACCUGUCAAUGCCCAUAAUUGCCACCUGUCAGUGCCACAUACCAGUUCCCAUCAGUGCCACAUAUCAGUGCCCAUCAAUGCCACAUACCGGUGCCCAUCAGAGCUGCCUUUCAGUGCUGCCUAUCAGUGCCAGACAGUGCUGUCAAUCAUUGCCAGUCAGUGCCCAUCAGUGCCGCCUAUCAGUGCCAUAUAUGAGUGC